UUAAAACAUUCUGCCUUCUUAGUCACUUUAGUUGUUAUUUUUAAAUCAAAGUUUCAAAUAAUCAUGUACCACUGAAAGCUACUAUUUACAAUAGUUAACCACCUUAUGGUAAAGAAACAAUGUCUUCCGCAAAUUUUCUAUAAAUUUGACUAGGAGUUCUCAAUUUAAAAUUAAAUUCCGACGGACACUUUUGCAGUUAUUCUUGAAUAACAAAAGAUUCCGCGGCUGACCUCAACUCAAAAUAUUGUCUUCAAAAAAAAAAAGUUAGUAACCGUUAGUCUUUUUAUGUCUGAAGUCUAAGGCUUAGCCAAUUUAGAUAAUUACUGUCCUAAUAAAUCGAUUUUAUAUGAAAAGCACAGACGUUAAAAAUUGUGAUUAUUUUGAAAAUUGGUUUAUUUUUAUGCGAGCAAUUUUCAUAACUCUACACACUUAGCCACGAAUCUACAUAGCAUCUAGAUACAUAUGUGUCAGUAGCACACAUUGCGAAGCUCUACUCUUUAAUUCCGUUGCAAUCUUCUGUUUCACUUGCAACACACUUCAGUUGGUCAGGACUCUAAAUAAUUGAGAAGUGUCACCUGUCGGUUUGUGUGCACAAAUCAAUGCAAAUUACUCGAAAUUAUUAUGCAAUUUAUACAUCAGCCUUGAUUUGUCAGCCGGUGCAAUUUUGAUGCUACACUUCCUCAAAGCUAAAGAAUUGCAUUUGACACAGUUAUGGCAAGUCAUAAGUAACAGUUCUUUUUUCAAACUCACCGUGAAUGGACGUUUCGAAAUCGUGGUAUAAUGUGGCAUUUGCAAAAGAUUGUAAUUUUGGUCUCUUUCGGCUAUGUUUGCGCAAACGAAUUGAAAAUCGCAUUUUGGAUUGACCCACUACAGACGGAUAUCGAGUUGGAUGUUGCAAGUGCUGUGAAAGAAAUUGAAGCUUUGCAAUUGGAGGCCAAGAUCCAGCAUCACAUUGUCGUUAUAAAGAACGUCGGGAGAAAUAAGGGGCAGAAAAAUAUGGAAAAACUUUGUGAACACCUUGCAACGGUCGGCGUAUCGGUAGUUAUCGACUUUACUUACCACGUUUGGCAUGAAGGGUUGGAUCUACUUAGAAUGUAUCAAAUACCUUUCCUACGGGUAGAUCGUAUACUGGCACCAUAUUUUAAAAUGUUUUCGCAAUUUGUGAUGCAAAAGUCGGGACAUGAAUGUAUUAUGAUUUUUCAGAAUGCCAGAGACACUGAGGAAGCGGUAAUACAAAUCGUCGAAGGUUAUCCUUUUCACAGUUUGAUCAUAAAUGCAUUUGAUAAUAAACAAGAUUUUAUAAAGCGUCUACGAAAAAUCCGACCAAUGCCUUCGUGUUAUGCAAUCUUUGCGGAUGGCACAGCGAUUAAUACCAUUUUUGAUAGGAUUUCGAAAGCCAAUAUCUUCGAAAGACCACGAGAAUGGCAUUUCGUUUAUUUGGACUCACGAGAUCGUGUCUUUAAAUUUAAGAAGCAAGUUGAUUAUGCGACAAAAUUUACAAUCAAUCCGAAGACACUAUGCAGAGCACUAAGAAUGAAGGACACAUAUUGCCUCAGUGGGUUUUCGUUUCAGCGCGCAAUGAUUUUGGAAAUCCUACGCGGCUUAAUUGAACUGAAACAAGCGAAUUUGUAUUGGUUGCAGUCUUUUGUGAUGGAAUGCAACGCCACAAGCCCCAAUGAAAACGGAACGUCGGGUUUUAAUAUUUUGGAACAAUUUCCGAUGAGUGAGUUUCUACAAUUUACAACCGAAGUCACUCUUCCCGAAGACGAAUUCGAUCACGUACCACGCCUCACUUAUUCACCGACGAUCAACAUAAAUCUUUAUUCGACCGAACACGAUGCUCUGACCGAAUUGGCCAUUUGGCAAAAUGAUAAUCUGCGCAAAAUAAAUGAGACGAUCAGUCCACCACGAAGAUUUUUUCGCAUAGGCACUGUGGAGGCCAUACCUUGGAAUUACAUGAAACGCGAUCCGAAAACUGAUGAACUAGUACUCGACGCUUUUGGCAACCCGAUUUGGGAGGGUUUUUGUAUUGACUCUAUUCAAAAGUUGUCUGAGCGUUUAAAUUUCGGCUACAUGCUAGUACCACCGGCUUCGGGUGAGUUUGGUCGUCGUGAUGUUGUUAACGAUAUUUGGGAUGGCAUUGUGGGCGAUUUAGUUACUGGUGAAACAGACUUUGCUGUUACUGCGAUGAAAAUGUACUCCGAACGUGAGGAAGUUAUCGACUAUAUAGCGCCGUAUUUUGAGCAAACAGGCAUUUCGAUUGUAAUGCGUAAACCGGUGCGACAGACAUCACUUUUCAAAUUCAUGACCGUCUUGCGGGUGGAAGUGUGGUUUAGCAUUAUUGCGGCGCUGGUGGGUAGCGCAUUAAUGAUUUGGCUGCUGGAUAAGUAUUCACCCUACAGCUAUAGAAAUAAUCGUGCAGCCUAUCAGUAUCCUUGUCGCGAAUUCACAUUGCGCGAGAGUUUCUGGUUUGCCUUGACCUCAUUUACGCCUCAGGGUGGUGGUGAAGCGCCAAAAGCCGUCUCUGGGCGUAUAAUGGUCGCUGCUUAUUGGCUAUUUGUGGUCUUGAUGUUGGCCACCUUCACAGCUAAUUUAGCAGCCUUUCUCACUGUGGAACGUAUGCAGACACCAGUACAAUCUUUGGAACAGUUGGCACGUCAGUCAAGAAUCAAUUAUACUGUCGUAGAAGGUUCUGGCACACAUCAAUAUUUCAUCAACAUGAAAUUCGCUGAGGAUACUCUCUACCGGAUGUGGAAGGAGUUGACAUUGAACGUGACGGAAGAUUUUCAAAGAUAUAGAAUUUGGGAUUAUCCAAUCAAGGAACAAUAUGGUACAAUAUUGCUUGCUAUAAAUGGUUCCGAACCAGUAAAGAAUGCUAAAGAAGGCUUCCGCAAGGUCAACGAACAUGAAAAUGCCGAUUUCGCUUUUAUACACGAUUCGUCCGAAAUCAAAUACGAAUUGACGCGCAACUGUAACCUAACUGAAGUUGGGGAAGUAUUCGCGGAGCAACCUUACGCCAUUGCGAUACAACAAGGUUCACAUUUUGCGGACGAAUUGAGUUAUGCGUUGCUGGAACUGCAAAAGGAUCGCUUCUUCGAGGAUCUAAAAGCGAAAUAUUGGAACAUGUCCCGCAUUAAAGCCUGUUCGGUAAACGAAGAACAAGAAGGUAUAUCACUCGAGAGUUUGGGUGGUGUAUUUAUUGCCACACUAUUUGGUUUAGGCUUGGCCAUGGUUACUUUGGUAUUGGAAAUAAUCUACUAUCGACGAAAAUACAGUGCAAUGCAUCGCUUCAGUGAAAUAACAAAAGUGAAACCCGCCUCUGGUACGUCCAUCAAACAAUUGUUACCGAAGAAGAAAUCAAAGAAACGUAUCGCUGUUUGGCAUACGAGCACAUCAAAGCGUGAUAACUCACCGGAACACAAGACGCCGCCACCAGCUUUUGAUGCCAUUAAAUUUCGAGGCAAAAAGGUACCACCAAGCAUCACAUUAGGUGGCCAAGAGUUUAUGCCGAGGCGAGGAGGCCAGCGUCAGCUAAGUGAAAGCUUGGAUAGUGCAGAGUAUAGAAAAGAAGGUAUACCAAAUAGGGAUGAUGAAUUGCCGCCUUACACAGAAUGAAUUGGAUGUGGGAUUGAAGUUAAUUAUCAUUAAUAAAUUAUUUUAAAUAAUCUAUAGUAGGUAAAAGUUGCUAAAACUAUUGAGUCUACUGCAAAUAAAUAUAUUUCUUCAGUGAAAACAAAAA